GUCAGGCUGGAGGGAGCUGAAGUCCGUGCGCUCCCGCGCCCUGGGGAUGCCCCUGCCGCCCCGACGCCCGCCAGCCUGAGCCACCGGCGCAUGUGACCGCGCGUCCGCCCCAGUCCCAUCCGUAGGCGCCCGGCGCCUGGCCCCGCAGCGGCCUCGUUGUCCCCACCGGCCCCCGCCCGGUCUCCCGAGCUGCCACCCGCCGCCGGCCUGGCCGCCAUGCAGGCGCGAGCGCUGCUCCUGGCCGCGUUGGUCGCGCUGGCGCUGGCCCGGGAGCCCCCUGCGGCACCGUGUCCCGCGCGCUGCGACGUGUCGCGGUGUCCCAGCCCCCGCUGCCCCGGCGGCUACGUGCCCGACCUCUGCAACUGCUGCCUGGUGUGCGCCGCCAGCGAGGGCGAGCCCUGUGGCGGCCCCCUGGACUCGCCUUGCGGGGAGAGCCUGGAGUGCGUGCGCGGCCUGUGCCGCUGCCGCUGGACGCACGCCGUGUGUGGCACCGACGGGCACACCUAUGCCAACGUGUGCGCGCUGCAGGCGGCCAGCCGCCGCGCGCUGCAGCUCUCCGGGACGCCCGUGCGCCAGCUGCAGAAGGGCGCCUGCCCGUUGGGUCUCCACCAGCUGAGCAGCCCGCGCUACAAGUUCAACUUCAUUGCCGACGUGGUGGAGAAGAUCGCGCCAGCCGUGGUCCACAUAGAGCUCUUCCUGAGACACCCGCUGUUCGGCCGCAACGUGCCCCUGUCCAGUGGCUCUGGCUUCAUCAUGUCAGAGGCCGGCCUGAUCAUCACCAAUGCCCACGUGGUGUCCAGCAAAAGUGCUGCCCCGGGCAGGCAGCAGCUCAAGGUGCAGCUACAGAAUGGGGACUCCUAUGAGGCCACCAUCAAAGACAUCGACAAGAAGUCGGACAUCGCCACCAUCAAGAUCCAUCCCAAGAAAAAGCUCCCUGUGUUGUUGCUGGGUCAAUCGGCGGACCUGCGGCCUGGGGAGUUUGUGGUGGCCAUCGGCAGUCCCUUCGCCCUGCAGAACACAGUGACAACGGGCAUCGUCAGCACUGCCCAGCGGGAGGGCAGGGAGCUGGGCCUCCGGGACUCCGACAUGGACUACAUCCAGACGGACGCCAUCAUCAACUACGGGAACUCCGGGGGACCGCUGGUGAACCUGGAUGGGGAGGUCAUUGGCAUCAACACGCUCAAGGUCACGGCUGGCAUCUCCUUUGCCAUCCCUUCGGACCGCAUCACACAGUUCCUCACAGAGUUCCAAGACAAGCAGAUCAAAGACUGGAAGAAGCGCUUCAUUGGCAUACGGAUGCGGACGAUCACACCAAGCCUGGUGGAUGAGCUGAAGGCCAGUAACCCGGACUUCCCAGAGGUCAGCAGUGGAAUUUACGUGCAAGAGGUUGCGCCGAAUUCACCUUCUCAGAGAGGCGGCAUCCAAGAUGGUGACAUCAUCGUCAAGGUCAACGGGCGUCCUCUAGUGGACUCGAGUGAGCUGCAGGAGGCCGUGCUGACCGAGUCUCCUCUCCUGCUGGAGGUGCGGCGGGGGAACGAUGACCUUCUUUUCAGCAUCGCACCCGAGGUGGUCAUGUGAGGGGCGCACUCCUCCAGCGCCAAGCGCCAGAGCCUGCAGACGACGGAGGGCACCGCUCCCCGAGAUCAGGACGAAGGACCACCGUCGGUCCUCAGCAGGGCGGCAGCCUCCUCCUGGCUGUCUGGGGCAGAGCGGAGGCUGGGCUUGGCCAGCGGCCCGAAUUUCUGCCUGGGGAGUGUUGGAUCCGCAUCCCAGUGCCAGGGAGGGAAGCCCAACGUCCCCUUGUACAGAUGCUCCUGAAAGUCACUUCCAAGUUCUCGGGAUAUUCACAAAACUGUCUUCCAUGGAGGUCCCCUCCUCUCCUAGCUUCCCACCUCUGCCCCUGUGAACACCCGUCUGCAGUAUCCCUGGCUCCUGCCCCUCCUACUGCAGGUCUGGGCUGCCAAGCUUCUUUCCCCCUGACAAACGCCCGCCUGACCUGAGGCCCCAGCUUCCCUCUGCCCCGGGACUUACCAAGCUGUAGGGCCAGGGCUGCUGCCUGCCAGCCUGGGGUCCCUGGAGGACAGGUCACAUCUGAUCCCUUCGGGGUGGGGGGGUCCAGCCCGGAGCAGGCACUGAGUGAAUGCCCCCUGGCUGCGGAGCUGAGCCCCGCCCUGCCGUGAGGUUUUCCUCCCCAGGCAGGCAGGAGGCCGCGGGGAGCACGUGGAAAGUUGGCUGCUGCCUUGGGAAGCUUCUCCUCCCCAAGGAGGCCAUGGGGCGGCAUGCAGAGGACAGUGGACGUGGAGCUGCGGGGCGUGAGGACUGAGCCAGCUUCCCCUUCCCAUGCAGCUCUGGGAUGCAGCAGCCGCUUGCGUGGAAGUGCCGCCCAGAGGCAAGCGGGCUCCUGGGCAUCACCCCCUCAUCCAGGGAACAAGUGUGUCUCAAGGGGCAUUUGUGAGCUUUGCUGUAAAACUGAUUCCCAGUGUUGCUUGUACUGUAUGUUUCUCUACUGUAUGGAAAAUAAAGUUUACAAGCACACGCUUCGCAGCCA